AUGUCCAAAGCUCUCGCCCACGCAAAGAUCGUACCCCGCUGGUCCAAUGAACGCGGACACGCAGAUCACGGCUGGCUGAACACAUAUCACACCUUUAGCUUCGCUUCAUACUACGACCCUCGGUUCCAGAAUUUUGGCAGUCUCCGAGUGUUGAAUGAGGACCGGGUUAGUGGCGACAAUGGCUUUCCUACUCACCCACAUCGCGAUGCCGAGAUUUUCAGCUACAUCCUUAGCGGCGAGUUGACGCACCGGGAUAGUAUGAUCAAGAGGGGUUCCGAGGCCAAACAAGGCGACGACUUUUAUAGGAUGAAGAGGGGUGAUGUGCAAUUUACAACUGGCGGAACUGGUAUUGCACAUUCCGAACAGAACGAGUCGGAUGAACCAGUCCACUUCCUUCAAAUAUGGGCUUUGCCAUGGGGCAAAGGCUUAACGCCCCGCUACCACACUAAGACGUUUGACGAAUACCUCAAACGCGCAGCGUUCCUCCCCAUCCUUUCGCCACUGAAAGCAGGCCCUGGGGCAUCGCCAGCAGAAGAAAAGGCCGCUGAGCCAACAUUAAAGGACACCAUACCCAUCCAUGCAGAUUUAAUCAUGGCAGCAGGUAUCAUCGGCGUCGAUAAGCGAUUUAAGUGGACGGUUGGAGCAGAUGCUGUUCGCCAGACCCAAGACAGACAUGUCUACAUUCACGUUCCUAUGACUAAGAAUGGAAGUGCGAAGAUUAGGAUUGAUGGAAGGGAGGACGCCGUUUUAGGGGAGGGUGAUGGAGCUUUUAUCUCAAAUGUCAAUGCUGGUGAUGUGCUCAGCGUGGAGAGCGUGGGAGAGGCUGAGGCCGAGGUCGUAGUUUUAGACAGCGACUAG